GCUCCCCGCCGCGGAGCCGCCGCGCCGCCGGAGCCGGGAUGUGACUUGCGGAGGGCUGGCGGACAGAGCUGCCCCGCCGCCCUCGGCCGCAGCAGACAGCGGACAGAAAAAUGAAAACCUACCCAGCCAUUGGUUUCUUGGUGCUGCUGGCGAUCAGCUAUGGCUCCUCAGAGAACUCCAGCACGCCCCGGGGCUGCGGGCUGGACCUGCUGCCCCAGUACGUGUACCUGUGUGACCUGGACGCCAUCUGGGGCAUCGUGCUGGAGGCCGUGGCGGGGGCAGGUGUGCUGACCACGCUGCUGCUGAUGCUGAUCUUGCUGGUGAGGCUGCCCUUCAUCAAGGACAAAGAGAAGAAGAGCCCCCUGGGAAUGCACUUCCUCUUUCUCUUCGGGACUCUGGGACUGUUUGGGCUGACGUUCGCUUUCAUCAUCCAGGAAGAUGAGAUGGUGUGCUCCACCCGAAGGUUUCUCUGGGGAGUUAUCUUUGCUUUGUGCUUCUCCUGCUUGCUAGCCCAGGCCUGGAGGCUCCGCAGGCUCGUUCGCCACGGCAAGAGCCCGUCUGGGUGGCACCUGGCCGGGGUGGCCACGUGCCUGAUGCUGGUGCAGGUCAUCAUCGCGACCGAGUGGCUGGUCCUGACCGUGGUCAGGGAGAACAAGCUGGCCUGCAGCUACGAGCCCAUGGAUUUUGUGAUGGCCUCCAUUUAUGUCAUGUUCCUGAUGGUAUUUACCAUGGGAUUCUCGUUUUUCACUCUCUGUGGGAAGUUUAAGAAAUGGAAGAAGAACGGAGUUUGCCUCAUUAUAACGCUUUUCUUUUCCAUUCUGAUUUGGGUGGCCUGGAUGACCAUGUACCUCUUCGGGAAUGCUGAGCUCCAGAGAAGGGACAAAUGGAGUGAUCCCACUCUGGCUAUUGCACUGGUGUCCAGUGGCUGGGUGUUUGUUAUUUUUCAUGCCAUCCCAGAGGUCCACUGUACCAUCCUUCCAUCACAGCAGGAAAACACACCCAACUAUUUUGAUACUUCACAGCCAAGGAUGCGUGAAACCGCUUUUGAGGAAGAUAUACAGCUUCCUAGGAGCUACAUGGAAAAUAAAGCCUUUUCAAUGGAUGAACAUAAUGCAGCGCUGAGGACGGCAGGAUUUCGGAACGGCAGCUUGGGCAGCCGGCCCAGCGCUCCUUUUAGAAGCAAUGUUUAUCAGCCAACUGAGAUGGCAGUUGUGCUAAAUGGUGGGACUAUACCAACUGCUCCGCCAAGUUACACUGGACGACACCUCUGGUGAAAGGCUGUAGGCUGUAGAGAAUAAGAAUCCUUGUUGCAGAUGUUGUUCCCUGGCAGUGUGUCUUUGAGGGAAGGAAUCCAUAACAGUACCAGAACAAAGCAACAAAACAUCCAGGAUCUUUGUAAAUCCUACAGAGGAUUUUGCCUAAAUGUGAACACCAUUGAAUGGAGAAUUGCAAAAGCAAAAUUGUAAAACUGAAGCUGAAUCUAAUUUAAAACAGAAGUAGGCACACCUUAAAUUGGCAGAGGAGAUAUUGUAUUCUGAAGUGUAAGAUAUUCUCUUGUCUGUAACUUGUGUGCCAGGCAAGCCUGGUUUUGGUGGUUGCCAGUUGCUUGCGAAAUCCCUUCCUCUCACCUAAACUUAAUUCAUGUUGCCACAAGAGAUUGCCACUACAGUGCGAAAACACGCGGGAUUUCUUUCCAUUUUUCUCCUUUUCCUGUCAUGUCCAACGUCAUGAGAAGUCCCCUGUUUGCUCCCUCCCUGGCUGUGCUGUACAGUCACACAGCACCGUGUGUGGUCAGACCCGGUCC